AUGCCCAGGUUGUCAUACACAGACUGUUUUGCUCUUGGACGACACUUUAAAUACCUUAAGAUCCCGUUCAAACCGAGCCAUGGAGGACUUGAACAGCCUGGUGUGAGUGCUGGUGCAUGGCAGGAAUGUAAAAACCAGAUGACCUCAAAUGGAAACUCCAGGGCUGUUGGAGGCAGGCAGGCCAUCUCGCUUGCUCUUAUAAACAUUCAGUCCAUUCAGUCCUACUCGCUUUAUUUUUUUUCUUCCUUGCUGGCUCAGUUAGUCUCCCAACCUGGCUCAGCAUCGCCUCCACCACACCCUGAAUGUUGGGCCGCUGCCUGGUUUUGGGCCUAUAGACUGAGAAACACAGUUUGGUCCACCUCCAUCCUCAGUCAAGGAGAACAGUGA